AAAUGCCUCCAAUUUUAGUUAUGACCCUAACUGCUAAAGCUCGUUUAAUAUAAAACAAUUAUACCAUUUCCAUUUUGGCGGAUAGUGGCUUUAAAAAUAUCUACCUUGAGCCUUUCGACUUACGGUAGAUAAUUCGCCACUAUCAAUCUCAAUGGAAAUGUAUAAUUGUUAAAUAUUCACUUGUGCCAAAAUUACCAAACAAGUAAGUACGCGUCAUGGCUAGACCAUGAAGUUUCCACGUCGCGGCAUAGAGAAAAACGUCGUGGUAUAGAAAAAAAGGUCGCGAUAUGUAUGGAGUAAAACGUCGCGGUAUGGAGAAAUAUAUCAGACAGGGUCCAUUUCAAUGUGCAUUUCACGUCUUUCUCUGUGAAUUUGUCUUUUUUUGCGGCUGCUGUCGCCUUUUUCUGUGCGUUUUUAUAUGCCUAAAAUUCCUGUUUUAGCAAGCGAGAGCUCUAGAGGAGCAAAAAAGGAAAAUUUGUUUUACCUUUCUCUCCCCCCCAGCUGUCUCUCUGCUAAAACAAAAUCUUACAACCAAGUAUGUCGUUAAAAAAGCGAGCAAAAUAAGGAUAAAACACAAAUGAAACUGAUCCGAUAUCAAAACUGAGGUCGGUUCCUAAAAGGUGAAUAUGUCAGAAGCGAUAAAGAAAUAACUGUCCUCUCAGAGAAUCACAUGUCCCGCUAUGUACGGCACCAGUACAAUUGGUUAAAAAACUUUAAAAAAUGAAUACUUCAAAACAAGGAGAAUGACCCACUGCAAACGAAACGGGGUGAAAACAACAAAUAAACAAAACCACUUCUUUUAAAUGCCACAUUGGCACAUGGAAUACAAAAAAAUAUUAUAUUUUCCCUUUUUUACGCAGUAGCAGAGGAUUCGCAGUGGAUUCAAAGUAUUCUAUAUUUGUCGAGAAAGGGCAAGCGAAUCUGAAUUGGGCUUUGUUAUCUGUUAGCUGGAUCUUAUGAAAAAAGAGUGUAAUUGAGAGCAUCCUCCUUUUGCUAAUUAACAAGUGUGUGCACUACGCAUCUCGUCGUAAUCCAUAGGUUAACACGAAUUUCUUCUUUGGCCGACUCGUGCGUAAGCUUCCAAAGUUUUAUUACCUUGGUGGAUCUAAAUAGGCAAAAGUGUUCUGCAGAUGUCGUAAAUUGUGUUAAUUUGUGCGCAAUUUAUGUUAACUGUCGACAUUGUAUAUACUUGGGAUAAGCUUUGUGUUUUUGUUAUACAAUGCGCAUUGCCGGCAGAGGCGGGGGUUCACAUCCCCCAAGAAGACUUGGUAAUCGUUUCACCAUAAUUAACUCCGGUUUAAAACGGCUGCAGCAGAGGCGCUAGAGGUGUAAGUCUAGCCUGAGAAAGAACCAGCAAUAACCGACUCAACUGUUCCUAGUGGUCCGUAGCAGUAUUCUACCCAGCUUAAGGAAAAAUACAAAGCCUCGAUUGGACGACAUAUGAUCGUACUCGAUCGCCCACGAUCGCAGGGCGAGUCUCCAUAUAAUCGCACACAAUCGCAGGGCGAGUCUCCAUAUAAUCGCACACGAUCAUCGCAGGGCGAGUCUCCAUAUAAUCGCACACGAUCGCAGGGUACUUCCGCAUUAGACCGCGUUUAAGGCAAGGCGAAGGCAAGGAGUCUGGCGACACGGCCCACAGGAAAUUCCGAUAAUGUUCAACAGCACGUUCAACUUCACAUCUGCAAACGCCACGCUCAUUAGCAAUGCCACGAGCCAUGCUACCUUCAAUGCGACCACGGUACCUGGUCAACCGUUUUACCACAAAGAGCCCGAGGCGCUUGAAACGUUUCGCAAGUUUGUGUUCGGGGUUGUGAUUUUCGCCGCGUUGCUUGGCAACACGAUCGUGAUCCAGGCAAUCAGGACGGGUCCAUCGAGAAAGCCAUUCACCUACUACCUGGUGACAAGCCUGUCAGUGGCAGAGUUAAUCAGCUCGUUUUGCCUCAUCUUCUUGUUCGACUACGAGGAGCGUCUAACUUGGGUAUUUGGCGAGUUCAUGUGUCUCACCACCCUUCCCAUUAUAACCAUCACGUUUACCGUGGUCACGCACAACCUCGCCGCCAUUGCUCUGUACCGUUACCGAGUAGUUGUCACGCCACACAAGCGACCGCCUUCACGCAAGGUCGCGUUUGGAUGUAUCUUAGCAACCUGGGUGUUCCCAAUUAUCAUUUCGAUUCCUAAUAACAUACAACACAUACACGAGGAGAAAGAUGGCGAUGAAGUAUGGUGCUACGAACAGGACCCUCUGAUAAACUAUAGCUUGGCGCGCUUUUUCCUCUGUUUUGCGAUACCCAUGAUGAUUAUGGUCGUUGCCUACGGGCUCUCUGCUCUACAGAUUCGUCAGCACAUGAACAUCCUUCAGACGAAGCACCGCCAACGCCUAAAUUCGAACAUUGGUUCCAUGAAUGGUGAAAACAACCGGCUGUCAAUCACCGCGACCACGACCCAAGGCUCCAUCAAUAACCUUCACAGACAGAUUCCACAGAACCAGACAAAGGGCUCGUACAACAACCUACAGCUAGGCGCAGGGCAGGCGCACGAGAUAGGUGAACCCGUGCAGUACAUCGCAGGAGACAAGCCUCAGAUAGUUAUACAUUCACCACAAGGGAUUAGUAGAGUUGAAAGCAGCAUGAUGGAGUCGGAGCGUGACGUUAUCAGGAUGUUUUACGCUAUCGUUCUUAUAUUUCUGCUGUGCUACAUUCCAUACCAGAUCUUCUACCUAAUUUCGUACUUUGAGGUGAUAAGCAACAACUCGCCGUAUUAUUAUCUGGUCCGCAAGUAUCUCGUUCUCCUAACCUGUUUUCCCAGUGCACUUCACCCGCUCUGCUACGGGACCAUGAGCAGAUUCUACGCCAAGGCUUUCUCAGCUUUCAUCCUCUGCAAAUGUAAGAAUCGAGAAUUGUAAAGACGUCAUGAGUCCGAGGUUUGAUGAUGCGAGUUCUAAGUUCUAGAGAUAACGUCACGUGUUUUUAACCUGAAUAGGUUUAUAACGUUUUGUAGCACUAGAGCUAACUUGAGUUAUAAAGCUUGCGUCACGACUUUUAGGGCUGACAUCACAGGGUUAAGAGCUGACGUCACUGGUUUUAGGGCUGACGUCACUAGUUUUAGAUCUGACGUCACAAAUUUUAGAGCUGACGUGACAAAUUUUAGAGCUGACGUCAGGACUAGUUUUGGAGCUGACAUGACUAGUUUAAGAGCUGACACCACUAGUUUUAGAGCUGACAUCACAAGGUUUAGAGCUGACGUCACUAAUUUUAGAGCUGACGUCACGACUAGUUUUAGUGCUAUACAAUACAAUACAAUAUAAUUUAUUUGUACCACAAGAUUAAGACCUAAAGAAAUCCAGGGUUUCAUUUUAAACUUAAUUUCCUUUCUUGACACCUUUCUAAGUGGUACAUGACAAUCAAUGAUCUCAGUGCUGACAUGAAUAGUUUAAGAGCUGACAUCACUAGUUUUAGAGCUGAUGUCAAUAAUUUUAGAGCUGACGUCACUAGUUUUAGAGCUGACGUCACGACUAUUUUUAGAGCUGACAUCACUUAUUUUAGAGCUGACGUCGCUAAUUUUAGAGCUGGCGUCACGACUAGUUUUAGAGCUGACAUGAAUAGUUUUAGAGCUGAUGUCAAUGAUUUUAGAGCUGACAUCACUAGUUUUAGAGCUGACAUCAUUGUUUUAGAAGUGACGUCGCUUGUUUUAGAGCUGACGUCACUAGUUUUAGAGCUGACUUUACAAGGUUUAGAGCUGACGUCACUAGUUUUAGAGCUGACGUCACUAGUUUUAGAGCUGACAUCAUUUGUUUUAGAAGUGACGUCACUGUUUUAAAGCUGACGUCACUAGUUUUAGAGCUGACGUCGCUAGUUUAGAGCUGACUUUACAAGGUUUAGAGCUAAAUCAAAAUGUUGUAGAGCAAACGUCACAUGUGGUCAAGCUUACGUCACGGUUUAUAAAGCUGCUGAAUUAUGAAGAAAUGACGUUAUGAGUUAUAGUUAUGACGGCAACAUAACUGUUGUUUUUGAGUAGUUUCAAAGUUUGCUUCUUCGAGUUCCAAUACUUUUGUACAUUAUAUAUCCACAACUUGCUUUUAUAGCAUAUGAUAGUCUAAGCUAAUAAAGGAAUCAUUAUUGUCAGCCUGAA